UUUAAUAUUUAUGAAGAACUUUAAAUAACUGAAAAAUUUAUUUUUAACAUGUCAGUGCUUGGUUGGAUUGGAUCAAAAUCGAAGUUCUUCAGAACUGAGGAUAGUGCAGGGAAGAAUUUUAACAUAGCCGCGAAGUUCAGUUAUCACUCCUUGCCUAAUCUCGAUCGAACAUAUUUCCUCAACCCCACCGGCAACAUGCACUUUUGCCCACUCCGUGUCCUGCGCAUGCCGUCUUCGCCAUAGCUCGAUCUCAAUUCUUCCUUCAACUUGAUCCGCCAAAAUAAUCUGUUUCAGGCGCCAAAUUGUUUCAUCCUCUCUGAAUAAGCUGCCAAUUUUUCCUUCUGCCAAGGAUGAACAGGAUGCUUGCGAGGAAGCUUGUUACGAGUAUCUCUAGGAUGAAUGUGCCCAAAAAGUCCUUCUGUACAGAGGUGGCUGAAGUUGCUGGUUCUUUGAGUGGAAAACAUUCCAAUGAGCAUGAGAAGAAGCUGACUAUCAGCAAUAAUUUUCAAGAGUAUGAUAUUGCUAUUGUUGGAGGAGGCAUGGUUGGAUUGGCUCUAGCUUGUUUCUUGGCAAGCCUGCCAAUGACAAAGCAGCUGAAUGUUGCUAUUAUUGAUAGCAAUCCUGCACUGGCGAGUAACUUGUUCAUCAAGAAGGAUGAUCCACCUGAUCCAAGAGUUAGCACUGUAACUCCUGCAACUAUAUCCUUUCUCCGAGAUGCUGGUGCCUGGCAAUAUGUUGAGCAAAGCAGACAUGCUAGUUUUGAUAGAAUGCAGGUCUGGGAUUAUACUGGCUUAGGAUAUACUAGAUACGAUGCAAGAGAUGUAAACAAAGAAGUCCUAGGGUGUGUGGUGGAGAAUAAAGUGCUUCAUAAUGCCUUAUUAUUAUGCAUAGAGGCUGCUGAUUUUCAGAAAACAAUCUAUCCAUUGAGCUUAACUUCAAUGACAUUGCAACCAGGCUCGACAUCUACAGUGGUUGAGAAUACAUCAUCAAGAGCGUCAUCUUCAGCUCGAAGGAAUCUAGCAAAGCUAGAACUUAGUGAUGGCAGUAGCAUAUAUGCAAAUUUGGUGGUUGGGGCUGAUGGAGGUAAAUCACGUGUUAGGGAAUUAGCAGGAUUCAAAACAACCGAAUGGAACUACUCACAAAAUGCAAUCAUCUGUACAGUGGAGCAUUCCAUUGAAAACCAUUGUGCAUGGCAACGAUUUCUACCUUCUGGUCCAAUUGCACUUUUGCCUAUUGGUGACCAGUUUAGCAAUAUUGUUUGGACCAUGAGCCCAUCAGAGUCAGACCACCGUAAAUCAAUGAAUGGUGAUGAUUUUGUGAAGGAUGUCAAUUGUGCUUUGGAUUAUGGCUAUGGUCCUCAUCCUAACUCUAGCUUAAUGGAAACCGGUAACUUUUUCUCUUGGCUUAAAAUGGAUUCAACAUCCUCAGCCAAUCAGCUUUUCGAAAUUCCUCCUAAAGUAGUGAAAUUAGCAUCUCAAAGAAUGGUAUUUCCUUUGUCCUUACGGCAUGCAAACACCUAUGCAUCGAAGCUUGUGGUACUAAUUGGAGACGCAGCUCACACUGUCCAUCCUCUUGCUGGUCAAGGAGUUAAUUUAGGUUUUGGAGAUGCAUUCACUCUUUCGAAAAUUAUUGCAGAAGGCAUUGCUUUGGGCAAUGACAUUGGCGAGGUACAUUUAUUGAAGAGGUACGAAACAGAGAGGAAACCAGCAAAUAUUAUGAUGAUGGCGAUCCUUGAGAGCUGUCAAAAAGCUUACUCAUUUGAUUUUGGACCUUUGAAUGUAUUGCGAGCAGCAGCUUUUUGGGGGGCGAACUAUAUAUCGCCACUCAAAAGAAGUAUCAUUUCGUAUGCUUCAGGAGAACAGAAAUUGCCCCUUUUCACUUGAGAAAUGAACAGCCCGUUAAAAUUAUGCUUUUGGGCUGUUCGCACGAUGAUUAAUUUUGCCAUCCAACAAUAUUCACAAGCCCUAGUCCUUGAGACAUUAGUGCUUUUAUUUCGUUAUUAGUGUUACACAUCGUACGUUAUCUGGAUUCAGUUUCAAUUUUCAUUUAAAAAACGUUUUGUAAAUUGAUAAUGCUAUAAUGUCCAAAAUAUUUGAAAAUGUAAA